CAGUCAGUACAAAGACUUUCAAACGUUUCUUUCAUGACGGCGUUGUCCUCUCUCCUCUCUCUCUCUCUCUCUCUGGUUCCUCUAACCACUCCUAAACCUUUACUAAUAUGAAAGUCUAAACUUUCUUAAAUAAUCUUUUAAUGGCGGCAACAUCGUUGGUAAUACCUUUGCAACAUUCGUCAUGUUUAUUAAGUUUCCGUCGGAGUCCAAUCUUAACCAAGAAAGCCCUCGUGCCGGUCGGGUUCGAAGCCCGAAAUAAUCAUAUUCAAUGUAAUAAUAUACGUUCCGUUUGGCAAGGUAAUGAGAAAAGAAGAGGUGAGGCGGUGGUUGCGGCCGCGAAGAAGAAAAGAAACCAAUCACCGGAAAGAUGUGCGGCGGAGGGAGUAAUGAUCGGGGGAGGAGAGACGGAGGCGAUACCGAUGAUGCCAGAAAGGAUUAAAGUAGUGAUACUGAUGGCGUGCAUGAUGUGUCUGUGUAACGCCGACCGAGUUGUUAUGUCCGUAGCGGUGGUUCCACUUGCCGAGAAGCUUGCUUGGUCGAGUUCUUUCUUAGGGGUAGUUCAGUCCUCCUUCCUAUGGGGAUACAUUUUUUCAUCGGUUAUCGGAGGAGCACUAGUGGAUCGGUAUGGAGGCAAAAGAGUAUUGGCUUUGGGAGUGGCAUUAUGGUCCUUAGCCACUAUACUCACUCCUUGGGCAGCUACACACUCGACCUUAUCCUUAUUGUGUGUCCGAACCUUUUUUGGCCUCGCUCAAGGCGUUGCAUUGCCCUCUAUGACCACAAUUCUCUCUCGGUGGUUCCCUACCGAUGAACGAGCGAGUGCGGUUGGUAUAUCGAUGGCCGGGUUUCACAUGGGAAACGUAGCAGGACUUCUGUUGGCGCCACUCUUGUUAUCAUCUAUAGGAAUCUCUGGUCCAUUCAUUCUUUUUGCAUCCUUAGGUCUACUGUGGACGUCAAGUUGGUCAACCGGCGUUACAAACAACCCUCAAGACAGUCCAUUCAUAACCGGGUCAGAACUCAGCCUUAUCCAGGCUGGAAAACCGGUUGACCCGCCGACAAAUCCAGACCCACCUGUGCGACUACUUUUCUCGAAAAUGCCCACUUGGGCGAUCAUUAUCGCUAAUGUGACUAAUAACUGGGGAUACUUUGUUCUUCUCUCAUGGAUGCCUGUUUACUUCCAAACCGUGUUUAAUGUGAAUUUGAAGCAAGCGGCUUGGUUCAGCGCUGUUCCAUGGGCGGCAAUGGCGGUCACAAGUUACUAUGCAGGUGCAGCAUCAGACUUCAUGAUCAGAACUGGUCACUCUGUAACCUUUGUCCGGAAAGUCAUGCAGUCUAUAGGAUUCAUGGGUCCUGGAUUGUCUUUGCUCUGCCUCAACUACGCAAAGACGCCUACUUGUGCAGCGGUUUUCAUGACCCUUGCAUUGAGCUUGAGUUCCUUUAGCCAAGCUGGGUUUCUCCUCAAUAUGCAAGACAUCGCACCACAAUAUGCUGGUUUCCUACACGGUAUUUCGAAUUGUGUGGGCACGUUCGCUGCGAUCCUAAGUACAAUAGGGACGGGAUAUUUCGUGCAAUGGCUUGGCUCAUUUCAGGCGUUUUUGACGUUGACGGCGGUUCUUUACUUCGCAACCACCGUGUUCUGGAUCGUUUUCGCAACCGGAGAACGAGUCUUCUAGAUCCAUAAAAGAGCUCUCCUAUUUUUUUACAUGAUUUUUUAGAUCUUUAAUUAGGAUACCUGUAAUUAUUUUCGUCAUCUCCAACGUCAACAGCUAUAAAUUCCAAGUCUUGGUCAAAUUGUUGUAGCUCAAUGCAUGGUUCAUUAUCUUCCGCAGAAACAAUACGUGUCGAAUCCACAAUUGCCAAAUCACAUUUUGUGGUCAAAUUUUAUACUUUUCUUGGUCAAAUUUAAUAUUUGUAAACCCACAAUUUUGUGAUAUAUUCUCUAUAUACAUUAUAUA